CACGUCAUAGAGAGUUAAUAGCUUACUCUUCACUCGUCAGCCUAAUCAAUAAUAAGCUUGACUAUCAUUCGCACCACCUUCCCAGGCACGACCCCACCCAUCUCUUACCCCUCGACCCCCUCAGAUAAGCUUUAAAUCUAUACAAAGUAACCAAACACACCCCUGGGUACUUCUCCUACUAGUACUCUAAGAGGAAUGCCCCCUUACCCGACCCCAACCACCCCAAUAAUUCACCUCCUCACCCGCGACAUCUGCACCAUGGACAACCACCACUUCUACCGCCGAAAAGGAACAACCAAAUGGAUUGAAUACCCGCCCGAAACUCCCCCUCCACCACCUGAGCAAGACACUCGGAUAAGCAAUAGUACCUAUCUCCUCUCCCUCUUCCAGGAAAAGCCGGGACCAGGUAAACCUCUCCACUGGUCUUUUUUCGUGGCGCGGGAGGGAGAAUCAACCCGUGCAGGUGUACCAGGUUACGGGUGAUGCGGAGUUUAUGGUUUAUGAGCCGUCGGAGGGGGUAGUGGCGUUGAGUGAGAUUGAGGAAUUAUGUAAUGUUUUUGUGUUGGGGGGAGGUAGAUGGGGAUGGGGCACAGUUGGUGAAGAGCAUUGCUGGGAGUGAGAUGCCGCCUCGGGCGAGGAGCAGGAGGGAGGUGAGGGAGAAU